AUGCUUGCCAUACUAUUUACAUUCUUUUUAUUCAGCCUUAUAUCAGCUGCACCCAUACCGGCUAUUAUAACCAGGUACCAUACAGCUGCCCCAGUCACCCAAGUCGUGACACAAACAACAGGCACAACCACAGUGUGGUUGCCACCCGUUGGAAUUUACAUUUUGCCUGAUGGAAGUUCAUCAACUAGCACCAUUUGGAGUGGGCAAUGGAAUACUUAUGGAGCUACAUUUACGUCAUCAGUGACUUCAGAUAAUACUGAGACUCAAGCAGCUGCCCAACAAACAACUACCAACGCUGAAACUACCACUACUAGUUCUCCUAAUGCUGCAACAACUGCUAAUGCUCAGACUGCCGCUGAGACUACACCAGCUGCUACUACCGCACAAACUUCAACGACUCAACAAAACACUGAACAAACGACUGAGCCACAAACCACUCAGCAAACCACUCAGCAAACUACUCAGCAAACAACAGAACAGCAAACAACAGAACAGCAAACAACAGAACAGCAAACAACAGAACAGCAAACAACAGAACAGCAAACAACAGAACAGCAAACUCAACAAACUUCAACAACAUCCUCAUCGAGCUCGUCUCUGUCAUCUUCAAGUUCAUCAUCGUCAGAAACUAGUGGUGGAUUAAACGACGGCAUGACUGAAAAUUACUCUGCUCCAUCAACAAUUGUCUACUCACCAUAUACAAACGACGGAAGUUGUAAAUCUUCCGACGAGAUCAAUUCCGAUUUGCAAUUAAUCUACAGCAAGGGCAUUAAACAAAUCAGAUCUUACGGAACCGAUUGUGGAUCAUUAAGUACCGUUUUACAAAAAUGUAAGGACUUGGGCAUGACGGUGAACCAAGGAGUUUGGGUUUCGCAAGAUGGUGUUGAUUCAGCUGACGAUCAAAUUGACCAAGUCAUUGAAUACGGACAACUGAAUGGUUGGGAUAUUUUCAACUUGAUUACUUUUGGUAACGAAGCCAUUAAUUCCAAAUACGUUGAUGUUGACUCCAUGAUGACAAAAUUGGACUCAGUUAGAACCAAGUUCAGAAAUGCGGGAUAUAAUGGAUACGUUACCACAGCUGAGCCACCAGCUACAUUUAUCAGUUACCCUAAAUUAUGUACUGACACCGAUAUGGAUAUCGUUGCCAUUAACCCUCAUUCAUACUUCAAUGCUAAUAUCAGUCCAUCAAAAGCCGGUGAUUAUGUAACGAGUCAACAAUCACAAGUGGCUAAUUUGUGCCUGGGCAAACUGGUUUGGAUUACGGAAACGGGAUAUCCUUCAAAAGGAUCAACUUUGGGAUUGAAUGUGCCAUCACCGGAAAACCAAGCAACUGCAAUAAAGUCAAUAUUGGACUCAACUGGAGGAGAUGUUACUAUCUUGACGACUUAUAAUGAUUUCUGGAAAGAUCCAGGUGAAUAUGGAAUUGAACAAUAUUUCGGUGCUAUCAAUUUGUUCAGUUAA